AUGGCAGCAAGGGCCUUCCACGCCGCAUCGCCGGCGCCGGCCGCCGUGCCGGCCUCGCCGCUGCCGUCAAGUAAGAGCGCCACGGCCGGGCUCGCCAACCUGCAGUGGCUGCUUAGGAAGCGCGCCAACCGGGUGCAGCAAGGCCGGCCCGUCGAGAUGCAGCAGGACGCCGACCACGACGGCGACGACGACGAGUGCACCUCCAUGUUCGCCGGCGCCACGCCGUACGUCGCGCCCGGCGCGGGCCUAGCCCCGGACCAAGCAGAGCCGGGCAGGGCGCGGCGCGGCGGCGAGGCGCUGUCGCGGCUCCGCUCGGCGAUCCUGGCCGUGCUGGCGCGCGCGCGCCGCGGCGGACGCCGCCGGGCGGCGAUGACGGGCUCCUCCGUCACCGGCACCAUCUUCGGCCGCCGCCGCGGGCGCGUGCACCUCGCGCUGCAGACCGACCCGCGCGCGCCGCCCGCGCUCCUGGUCGAGCUCGCCGCCUACUCCACCGGCGCGCUCGUCAGGGAGAUGGCGUCCGGCCUCGUCCGCCUCGCGCUCGAGUGCGAGAAGCAGCCGCCUCCGCAGCAGCCAGGUGACCACCAGAGGCGGCCGCGACAGGCGGCGGCGGCGCUGGUGGAGGAGGCGACGUGGCGCGCCUACUGCAACGGCCGCAAGUGCGGGUACGCCGUGCGCCGGGAGUGCGGCGCCGACGAGUGGCGUGUGCUGCGCGCCGUGGAGCCCGUCUCCGUGGGCGCCGGGGUGCUCCCGGACGGCGACGACGCGGCCGGCGGCGAGGGCGACCUCAUGUACAUGAGGGCCAAGUUCGAGCGCGUGGUGGGGUCCAGGGACUCGGAGGCGUUCUACAUGGUGAACCCCGACGGCGGCGGCGGGCCCGAGCUCAGCAUCUACCUCCUCAGGGUCUAGUCCUCUAGAGGGCCGGCAAAGAUGCUUCUAAUUUGGUUGCGUGCUUUUUGUUUGUGUUGAUUAUUAUGAAGAUGGGGUUGUGCAUGUCAAUUUGGUUGUUUUGGCUAUGUGCAAUAUGGUGGGUUAAUUUGGUCGUGCUAGCUACUUAGCUCCACUUAAUUACAUUACUCACGUAUCGCUUAAGUCUGUUUUAGUGUUGAAUUAAUCCAUAGUGAACCAUUAAAGUGUUAACUAUAGUAGGUUACAGUUUGUUGUACUAUGUAAUGUUGUUAAAUGUAACCUGUAUAUUGCGGCCCUCU